GUCAGAGUCGCAUCCGUGGCCCUGGCUGUCUCUCAGCCCUGUGAAGAAGCGAGGUGUUGGCAGCGCCUGUUUUGAGGCAGCUGUACCACCGCAGGGUGUUAUCUCCCCUCCCCGGGAAGGAGGGAGCCUUUCAGUAAAUCUCCAGACAGAAUCUGAAGCAGAUCGUGACUGAGCUAAGGCUGGGGUGUCUGUUGGCAAGUCAAAAAAAAAAAAAAAGAAUCACUACAGGCUUCAAUGGUUUUGUGCCCUGUUCAGUAAAAUAAAGUGCAGUGAUUUCGAUGCUUCUCUCAUCUGACAGAAGUUUGGAAGGUGAAAGGGACAGCUUUACCGACGCUUCGCUUGGACUAUCUGUGGCUUAGCCCAGUAGAGUGGAACAAGGCGAUAACAGAAUACCUGUUUCUGAGAGGAAUAGCCAAGAGAGUUAACAAGAAAACCUGAUGGACCAUUACACCUUCCAAAAUGAGCCUGUUCACACUUUUCUACCGGAAACUAACAUGUCUUAAAGAGAGAAGAAUUCAGUGCUGGACUGUCCUAAACAUUACUCAUGGUGCAACUUUGGAGAACAGCUUGGUUUAUCUGACUUGAAGAGGAGGCACAUGUGCAGGAAGCCAAGAGGACAUGGGCUUUCAGUGCAUCUGGAAAAAUGAUCAGGUACUGGGUCCAUCUGUCACAUCUGAAUUGUGUUGUACUAAUUCCCUAAGUACCACCUCAGACCAUCUCCUUGAUGCACACUCACAGCAUCAUGGCCAGUACUCAGGAGCGCCUGAGCUUGUCUUCCUCUCCAAACUCGGUCGGCAAGGCUUUCUGUGAAGAUAAAGACUUUAGCAGGUUACAUGAUGAACAUGCACCUACUGGAAACCACCCGUCCCCCGAGCUCAUAGAGGAUGUGCGUGAGAAGGGCUUGCUGCAGGCAGACCUCAUCGAAAACAUGAGCAGCCCAGUCACUGCAGCAGUGUUGACCAGCAUCAGCGAGGACUCUAGGGACCAAUUUGAGAACAGCGUGCUGCAGCUGCGAGAGCAGGAUGAGUCUGAAACACCCAUUCCUCAGGGCAACAGGAACACUAUGGAUGGAGAGAGCAACAGCGGGGCAGAUGAUGUUAAAGUCCAGUUCAACAGAUCAGGCAGUGGGAGUGGUGGGUUUCUUGAGGGACUUUUCGGUUGUCUGAGGCCUGUGUGGAACAUCAUCGGAAAGGCGUACUCCACAGACUACAAACUGCAACAGCAAGAUACCUGGGAGGUCCCGUUCGAGGAGAUCUCGGAGCUGCAGUGGCUGGGCAGUGGUGCGCAGGGAGCUGUCUUCCUGGGCAAAUUCCGGGCGGAGGAGGUGGCCAUCAAGAAAGUGAGAGAUCAGAACGAGACUGAUAUCAAGCACCUGCGGAAACUCAAACAUCCUAACAUCAUUGCGUUCAAGGGAGUUUGCACUCAAGCCCCAUGCUACUGUAUUAUCAUGGAGUACUGUGCACAUGGGCAGCUCUACGAAGUCCUGCGAGCAGGGCGGAAAGUCACCCCUCGGCUGCUUGUGGAUUGGUCCACGGGGAUUGCAAGUGGGAUGAAUUACCUGCACCUUCACAAAAUCAUCCAUCGAGACCUCAAGUCACCAAACGUUUUAGUUACACACACAGAUGCAGUAAAAAUUUCAGAUUUUGGUACAUCUAAAGAACUCAGUGAUAAAAGUACCAAAAUGUCUUUUGCGGGAACUGUGGCUUGGAUGGCCCCAGAGGUGAUACGCAAUGAGCCCGUCUCUGAAAAGGUGGAUAUCUGGUCGUUUGGGGUGGUUUUGUGGGAGCUGCUUACAGGAGAAAUUCCCUACAAGGACGUGGACUCUUCGGCCAUCAUUUGGGGAGUGGGCAGUAACAGCCUGCACCUUCCUGUCCCUUCUACGUGCCCAGAUGGCUUCAAAAUCCUCAUGAAGCAGACCUGGCAGAGCAAGCCCCGGAAUCGUCCCUCCUUCCGGCAGACACUGAUGCACCUGGAUAUCGCAUCUGCUGACGUGCUGGCUACUCCUCAGGAAACCUACUUCAAAUCACAGGCUGAAUGGAGAGAAGAAGUGAAGAAACAUUUUGAGAAAAUUAAAAGUGAAGGAACUUGUAUCCACCGGCUAGAUGAAGAACUGAUUCGUCGUCGAAGAGAAGAGCUGAGACACGCCUUGGAUAUCCGCGAACACUAUGAGAGGAAGCUGGAGCGAGCCAAUAACUUAUACAUGGAGCUCAGUGCUAUUAUGCUGCAGCUGGAGGUCCGUGAGAAGGAGCUCAUAAAGAGGGAACAAGCAGUGGAAAAGAAGUACCCUGGGACUUACAAACGCCACCCAGUCAGACCAAUAAUCCACCCCAAUACAGUGGAGAAGCUGAUGAAGAGGAAAGGGGUCUCCCAUAAACCAGGCAGCCAGACUAAACGGCCAGACCUACUGAAGUCAGAGGGCAUACCCAGCACAGAAGCAGCAUCCAAUGGCUCACCAGUCUCAGGAAGUCCCAAAAUGUCAACACUGAGUGGCAAAAGCCGCUACCGCAGUAAGCCACGUCACCGCCGAGGGAACAGCAAAGGCAGCUACAAUGAUUUUGCAGGGAUCUUGAAAAACCAGCCAGUGCAAGAUGAUGCACCCCCACCUCCACCUCAUAAUCAUUCUCAUCAUCCCAGCCUACUACAGCAACAUGGCCAUGGCCACCACUCACGGCUUCAUGCCCACGGACAAGAUAUUGCCAACUGCGCAAACAACUUAAGGUACUUUGGCCCUGCAGCAGCGCUGCGGAGCCCUCUCAGUAACCACGCGCAAAGGCGGAUGUCUGGUUCCAGCCCCGAUCUCAUCUCCGCUGCCAUGGAAGCAGAUUGCCGGAGGAAUCUGGAGAGCAAAGAAAGCAAAGCUGAUCAUUGGGAGUGUUGCAAAACAGAUCCAUAUAAUUCCUGUCUUCAGUGCAGGGAAGAGGACAGUGGUCAGGUGCAGAUGUCAUCUGUUGAAACAGGGGUGAGCCAUUCUCAAUCACCAACAUCUGUUUCCCUGUACGAAAAUGCGCAGUUCAUCGAGAAGAUGGAGGAAGAAGGCUUCAGCAACUGUACAGCGGCGUCCGCCCUAGGCACUCCCCAGCACAUGGCUUCCUCAGUGCUACCUUGCAAAGCAAGACCCCUUCAAAAGAGCGGCGAUGACUCUUCAGAAGAGGAAGAGGGCGAAGUAGACAGUGAAGUGGAGUUUCCUCGUAGGCAAAGACCUCACCGCUGCAUUAGCAGCUGCCAGUCCUACUCGACCUUCAGCUCGGAGAACUUCUCUGUGUCAGAUGGAGAGGAGGGGAACACAAGCGAUCAUUCGAACAGUCCAGAUGAGCUGGCCACCAAGUUGGAAGAUGAGCUGGCUGAGAAGCUGGAGGACAUGUUGUCCCAGACUCCAGAGAUCCCCAUUGAAAUCUCCACCCAGUCUGAUGGGCUUUCAGACAAAGAGUGUGCUGUGCGGAGAGUCAAGACUCAGAUGUCUCUGGGCAAACUUUGUGCAGAUGAACACAGCUGUGAGAACCCAUCACAGUUUGGGGAAUCAGACUGUGACUCUUCUGAAGGGGAGUGUUCUGAUGCCACGGUCAGGACCAAUAAGCCCUGCAGCUCUGCUACUUGGUAAUACAGAUCUCCCCCAAAGCUUCCUGAUACUGGCAUUUUGAUUUCCCUGAGAUUCCACUUCAUUCCCCUUCAUCACACUUUACAGGAAGAGAAGAUGCUUCUCCUUCCCACCCCAGGAGUGAUUUGCAAUAACCCGAAUCUCUGGAAAAUGUCCAAAUGAAAUUAAUUCUCUUUGAGCAUUUCAAUCAAGAAUGGCAGGGAUGUAUUUUAUUGAAUAAUCUAGUUACUGUAACAUGGAUAUUUAUUUUUUUGACAUUUUAACACUUUUUACUGUAAAGAGUGGAUUGUAUUUAUAGACACAAAGACUUGUUGCAAAAAAAAAAAAAGAAGUUCAGAAAGCAAGCACAUUACAGAGAAACAUCCUGGGAGUCCUGCCUGGACAGCUUUGUGUACAACCACGGGGGGAUUCUCUUGCUGCUUUCACAGGGGACCAGGCCUUGUGGCCCUGAAGAUUGGAGAACAGAUCAAGAAAACUAAACCACUAGUCUUAUCGGAGGAGGAAGCAUAAAAAGACCUUACUAUAGGGUAACCUGUGAACAAAGCGUAUUCAGUAUAACCAGCUGGGUCAUUUUUAAUCAGAAGGUGGACGUGUUCCUGGAGGGAAUUGGUGCCGAGGUGCUAACAUCCAGGGUCUUCUGAGUCGAUACAUCCCCAGGAAUGUAAUAGUGGGUUUUAUUUUAAGGGUUUUUAGUUUCUUUUUUUAAUCAGCAUUUUGUUGUGAGAUCCUGCAGAUGUAUUCUAACCUCGUCCUCUCGAGAAUUGGUAUAAGAGCACUUCUUAACAUCAUCCUUGCUUCACUCUGGCAGCGCUGAUCUCCAGUUGAGCAGGGAACCUCUUUCAGACACAGUGUGCCAUUUCCCAGUUUACUUCCUCCUCUUACCUCCUGCCUGUUUUGGUCAGUCAAAGAAAUCAAUCAAAUCAGUGUUGGAAAAGCAAGAACUUGCAAAUGGUGGAAAGCACAUUCUGCAGAGCCUGAGCACUCUUCUGGGGAGGAAACUUGGAGAUGCCGGUACCGGACUUGGAGCAGCAGUCUCUCACCUACAGCAGUGUCGAUAACCAGCAGAGAGCUGUGUGUUGAGGGGGAAGACUGGGAAUCGCUGUCCUCAAUAAGAGCAUCAGCCCUGCUCUGUCUCCUUAUUCACUGUACGUUCCUGAAAGCAUUAAGAGCUGCCUGCCCUUCAUGUCAGGCUUGGUGCAAAAUGGGUUGCACGGGGAAUCUCGAUGGUGGCUGUGGUGCAGCUGUGUCUCGGGUGUUCCCUGCAGCCGCAGUGUCUCCUUCAAGCUGAAACUGCAGGUUAAAGUCAGGAUAGCACUGGUAUGCAACAGGCCGAGGCAUUGCAGAUGAGAAAAAUUUGUUUUCUGAUAGAACUCAUAGUGCCUUCCCUUCAAACACUACUCUUCUAAAUCGAUAUUUAAAGAGAACAAAAUGAUAGAGCCUGUUUCCCUCCCCCCUUCCCUUCCCCACCUUAGCUGAUGUCCCUCUGCAAGAGCUCUCAGUCUGCCCUUCCCAGCACGCUGGCUGGGUGCUGCUGGGUGCUGCUCCGCAGCCGGGCACGCCAGCCUGAGGUGAACGGCAGGAACGGACCGUGGACAGGUACUUCUGUUGCUUCGUUUGUUUACAUUUUAUGUUAAAAUAUUGAUUUGAAUUUAACUGUGGUAAUUUAUAGCCUCAUGGCAAAAUGAAGGAAAAUGUCUUACUUAUACAGAGAGCAGUAUUGUAUGAGUUAAAUUAUCCCGUAUUUUAAAAUUUUUGUAGCUGGACUACAGACAGAUCUUAAGUUAUGAUGUUAUUUUAUUAUUUAUUAUCAUUUCUGUCGAUCAGAAGGUUGGCUUCACCGCUAGCACAAUUGUAAUCUGUUUGUGUGAUGUUACCUUCUCCCUGGCCGCUGCGGGGGGGUGGGAGCAGAGCUGGUCUCAGGGGCUGUCGGUAGCUGCCCGCCUCUCGCCGUUCCCAAGGAUGCUGUUAUACUAGGGUGGAGAACCUCUCAAGGCUGCUCUGAGAGGGAUGGAUGCAGUCAGCUCCCUGGGCCCGCUGAUGCUCCUCCUGGUCCGUGCUGCAAUUUUCUCAUCUUGCCGGUAGAGUUGGCAGCCCCUGAGCUGGUGGGGAAUGGUGAUCAGGGAGCAAGCAGCUUUUGAACUGACUGCAAAGUGAAUAACUGUGACGAGAUCCCCUGGCAAGAGCAUCCAAAAGGACAAGCGGAGAGGAAGGCAAUCGCUCUGGGCAGUGGGUACAAGAUCAGGGGCGGCCAGCAGUGGAUCCACGUGGUGGAUCACCCAUGCGGGACCAAACAGGCUGCUGGAGAGGAGAGGGAGCGACCAGCUCACCCCUGCCUGCAGCAGCGAUACUCAGCUCUGGGCGGAGGCAGAAUGCGGAGGGGAACAAAGCUCAUUUCUGGCUUAUGUCUUGUUUCCUCUCCCCAUCCUGCAUUCCUCCUCCCAAAUGUCCUCUGUCUCUUGGCCAGCAGCAGGAGGAGGUGGCAGGGCCAGAGAAGGCUUUGCCGUCGUGGUGUGUGAGGGGUUUUGGUGUGGAAAAGGCGGUGCAGAUGGUUACUCAGGAGGCAGGAGGCCGGGUGCAGGCAUUUAGCAGUGGAGGAACUGUGUGCACGUAACGUACGCACACAAAGACUAUAAAGUGAGGUUGAGAACUACCAUCAAAUGUCCCCCAUGGCAGAGGACGCCAGGUCCCUAACAGUAAGAUCCCAGAGGGGUUUUGGUAACUGUGCUCUGCUUAGAGCUCCUCCACCAUGCUAUGAAGCUCCUCUGGGCUUGCAGGGCAGUGUAGAAGCUUUGAUAUGUGGGAUUUUGGGACCCUUCUGGGCCAGCUGUCCUGGGUAUUGUGUGCUGAUACAUCCUUGUCUGGGGAUGUGCUGGCCCAUCUGCAGCCUGGAAAAACAAGAGCUGAACCCUUCAGGUUGUCUGCUGCCACAUGUAGCUCUCGUUUCUUUACAUGCCUGGGUUGUUGCACUGUUAGGGUCCAGUGUCCCUCUGGGACUGCCACUAGGGCUGCCCCCCCCUUGCCCAAAGGCAUCCCCUGUACCCAUGGGGACGUAACCCCAACCUCCCCACCUCGUGUCCUCGGCUGUGUGCGGGCAGGGGUGGCUCAGCAGCCCCCCACCUUCUGGGGCAGCUGCUGUCAGUUCUGCGGGGGGUUACAUAGGCAUUUUCCUCCGUGAAACCUCCCCACAUCGCUGCACAGGCACUGCUGGUGUGGUCCCUCGCCCUUUCUCUCCAAGCAGGGUUUGGGGCCGAGGCGUCCAUCGGCCUGCUUCCUCCUCGCAGCAACGCCGUGUUGGCGGGACAGAAGUAAACCGUGGGUUCCCUUUCCAGCAUCCUGACUACUCUGAUCCGGUUGUCACGGCCGCUGCUGACAGCUCCUGAACACACUAGCCUAGAAUUUCUCCCACAGCUGAACGUUGCCUUCCCCACUGUUGUGUUAAGUAACCAUUUCAUCUUGGCCCUGUCCAGUAGUGUUCAUCUCUCUCCUCCUUGCUCUGCGGAUUCCUGAUACAAACUUGAUUUUAUUUUUUUUUGUAUUGAACAGUGUACAGUGAUGGAAACAAGAAUGACUAUCAAAGCAAACAAUGCAUGGAAUAAAAAGCCAGUGUACUUCAGUGCUUCUCAGGCUGGUCUGGUGAUCUGGGAAUGGUUUCUCGUGUAUGUUGGGAUAAUGUCAUGAAGCCUUUUGAGAAUGAACACUGUGUUAGCGAGCAGCUUCUUGUUACUUGUCUCUGAACCCAGUUGAACUGGAACUACUGGGAGCUCCAAGCAGCCUACCAAGCACCCAGGUGUCCCUAAGCGGUGGCUUGUGCUCUUGUCAAGUGAGUGAUUUCUGGGAUGUGAGCUGGGGGAUUGAAUCUGCAACUGCGACUUCUCAUCCUGGGAACCUUGCUGUCCCACUCUGUUCCAGCCCUGCCGGUGGGGAAGGUGCUGAAGUGGUUGAGGCAGUCACUCUGCCAGCUUCCCAAGUGUUGCAGGGUCUCCCAUCUGCCCCCUUCCAGGUCAGAAAGUUUACUUCAUUCUCUGAGCGGAAGGUAAAGUCACAGAGAGUAGAGCAAGGAGGUGCAAAUACCAAAAACCCAGGAGCAUAGUUACCAUCCCUGGGGGGCUGCUGUUCUCUGGCAACUGGGACAGAGCCUACCUGCUUAUUGGGAAACCUAGUUGUGUGUAGGUUUAAAAGUGCUUCUCAAGGACAAAUCACUGCCAGCCAGACACAGCUGUUCCUUUUUGCCCCCUUUAGUCUUUGUGGGGCAUAGCAGCCACCGACAGACCUCAGGAGCAAUCUCAUGUGUUCUGGCAUACGAAUGAUACAUACAUAGCUGGCCCCAAAUCCUGAACGAUUUUGCUGCAGGGUGUGCUUACCUGACAUCUGAAUGAGAAGAGUCUUCUACAACCAUGCAGGCUCUCCUAUGGAAGGGGCAGGGACCCUGAAACAUCAUCGCUUCUCAACUUGUCAUUUGUACCACUGCUCCUAACAGCACAGAAGUGCAGGGUUUGUCAUUUUAGGCCAAAAAUGCUAAGGAAAUAUGGGUUUGGAGAGGGUGGGGGGGUGGCGUAGGGCCUGCCUAGAGCUAGGAAAAGCUGCUGCUGGAGUGGCGCUGAAAAACACACUGUGUGCUGUGGACUCCUCGGUGCCAAGGGAUGAGGCUGGGCAGCAGCCUACUGCCACCUCCCUCGCACCAUCCAGACCAGCUGGGCUCCCAAAACUGGACUUGGUGGGAAGUGCGGGAGCCCAAGGGAAGGCUGGGACUUGGGCUGGUAGGGAGACGGGGGAAGUGUGGUGCUUGCCCCCAUGUUCAAGAAUGGCGAGGGACUAAGGGGUUCCGAUCUGCCUUCCUCAUGGGAUG